GAUGUUUAUCAAAUCGCUUGUUCACUCACAUGUCCUUCGGAAACACAAUUUGGAUACAGUUGUUGCCUCUAAGCAUGUCAAUGCCACUGUUACAAUAAUUCUGAGUGGAGUGUUUUCACUAUAGCGUGCACUAGUCUUUUCCUGACUAGUGGCAGCCCAUUUAGUCGUUUGUUAAUAUUGAUCAUCUGGCUGAACUUCCUAAGCUAAUAGUAUAGAAGCAGAAGAAUGCGGGUUUACAGUUGAUAAAAAGUAAACACCUUUCCACAAUGUUGUCGCUAAAAGGCACUGCUGCAGUUGCCGUCAGAUAGCUCUGUCUGCAUUUAAAUAUGCAUUGCGUAAUUGGAGAGGUGAGGAAGAGGUCGUCUACUUUUCUCGCCAGAACCUUAAGAUGUAGUGCCAUCAAAAGAGCGAUCAGCGACGGGCUAGACGCCACUGGUGAGACCUCCAUGGGUGAGACCAUCUUCGCCCUCUCCUCCGGGCAGGGAAAGUGUGGAGUGGCUGUCAUUCGGGUUAGUGGACCAUCCUCCGCCCUUGCCCUCCGCAGGUUGACAGCUAGGGCAGCAGCAAGUCAGAGUUUACCCACCCCACGCAAAGCCAUGCUGCGCACUCUCAUCCACCCCCUCUCCAAGGAGAUGCUGGACCGUGGGCUAGUCCUCUGGUUUCCAGGUCCCCACAGCUUCACAGGGGAGGACAGUGCUGAGUUCCAUGUCCAUGGCGGCCCUGCAGUGAUUACUGGAGUCCUAGAGGCAUUAGGUAGCCUACCUGACCUGCGUCCGGCCGAGGCAGGUGAGUUCACGCGGCGGGCGUUCCAUGCAGGUAAGCUGGACCUGACGGAGGUGGAAGGGCUCGGAGACCUGAUCCACGCCGAGACCCAGGCCCAGCGCAGGCAGGCCCUCAGGCAGAUGGGCGGAGACCUGGGACGCCUCUACCACGACUGGAGCCACAGACUCAAACGGUGUUUGGCACAUGUGGAGGCCUACAUCGACUUCAGUGAGGGUGAUCUCAUCGAGGACGGGGUCCUAAAUCACGUGGAUGAGUCCCUGCGCCUCCUCCAGAGGGAGGUCGAGGAUCACCUGAGUGACGAGCGGAAGGGGGAGCGUCUCCGUAGCGGCGUGCAGGUGGUCAUCGCCGGGGCAACCAACGCUGGCAAGAGCAGCCUGCUCAACAUGCUGUGUCAGCGUCCCGCGGCCAUCGUGUCCCCAGUUGCGGGCACCACUAGGGACGUGGUGGAGACGUGUGUGGACAUCGGUGGCUUCCCCGUCCUGCUGAGCGACACGGCCGGCCUGAGGGACACACAGGACAGCGUGGAGAGGGAAGGGGUGCGGCGCGCCAGGGAGAGGGUGCGACAGGCCGACCUGGCACUGGUGGUGGUGGACUCGUCUCAGCUUAUUACCCAUGAUCCUCAGCACAUAGCGAGUGCCCUCGACACGUACAUGGCCGAUGUGCUCCCCUCCCCCUCUCCCACCACAGGUGAUGAUGACGGGAUGGUGACCCCCCCUCGCUGUCUCCUGGUGCUCAAUAAGAGCGAUCUGCUUUCUGAGGAGCAGCAGCAGUGCAUCAUGGGGGUUUUGGCGGAGCGUGGUGACCAGCCCAGGGCCUGCCUCAUGUCCUGCCACACCAGCGGUGGCGUCACCGACUUCCUGUUCCUGCUGAAGGACACCGUCAAGAUCCUGUGUGGAGACCCACUGACCGGAGGCCCCAGCUUGACUCAGGCCCGACACCGGGCCCAUCUGCUGGAGUGCCUGCGCUGCCUGGGUCAGUACCAGCGCUACCGGGACCUGGACCUGGCUCUGGCUGCGGAGGGCGUGCGACUAGGCCUCACCGCGCUGGCACGCAUCACGGGCCGGGUGGGGGCCGAGGAAAUACUGGACAUCAUAUUCAGAGACUUCUGCAUCGGGAAGUAGAAGUGGACUGGAGUGGA